AUGGCAGACGAAGAUCGGAACGUCUCCUCUGGCCUCGGCUUCGAUCUCAAGUGGGACCUGGGCUGGAUGAAUGAUACGCUCAUCUACCUCGAGGAGCCGGCCUGGAAUAGGCCUUCCAAUCACGGCAAGCUCACGAUCCGAUCUCAGUACAUGCAGAACGAGCGCUUCGUUUCGCCCCUGUCCCACGACGAGGUGGCGAACAUGAAGGGCAGCUUGGUGGAAAAGAUGGGCCGAAAGGAUGGACUUGGCUUCUACGACAAGUUGCGCUUACUCUGCGCCUACUACGGUUUUCAAGCCACGGCUCCCGGGCGCCCGCUGCUUUUCAUGGGACAGGAGUACGGCCAGGGUCGCGAGUGGAACUGCUACCAGUCUCUGGACUGGCACGAGGGCGAGGAGGAUCACAGAAAAGGAGUUUGCGUUUGGCUCGCCGACCUUUUGGGAGUCUAUCAGCACCACCGUCCUCUUCACAUGGGAGACGACUUUCCGCAGACGCGACAGUUUCCCAUUGGCUCGAUGAGCUUUGAGUGGGUGGAGAACAACGCAGGCGCCUGCGUUAUCGCUUUCUGCCGACAUUGGAAGGGAGAGAGACCUGUCAUGGCCGUCUUCAAUUUCGGCAGCCAGUAUCACCAUGGGUAUACGAUCGGCAGCCCCUACUGGGGAGGCUGGCAGGUGCUCCUAAACUCCGACGACCGCCGCUAUGGCGGCCGCGGGGGUGGGCCGGGCAACUCGAGCUGUCUCUGGACUGGCAAAGCACGAUCCGACUGCUCGGAUUCGCUGAGCUUGGACAUCCCUUCCAACAGUUGCCUGGUCCUCUUGGCCCCGGAGAACUUUGACGACUGCAAGGCAGUUCGCCAACCCGUCGGAAUGAAGGGCACGGCCGAUACCAUGUGUGCAGACAUUGAGUAUUGCCUGGGUGAUAUCGGCUUCUAA